ACAACCUUCUGACCAAUCAGAAUCGAGAAUUCGGUGUAAACAGUGAAUAAGGCGUGGUUUCGGAGAUUUGAUAGAUUACAUACUGCACUAGAAAUGACCUGCAGUUUAGGAGCCAUGAUCCAGGCAACAUGUCGGAUUUAAAGGUAAACAGGAAGUAAACAAGGUUUAGCCGUGACCUUUGCCAUUGACGCGUGCAGUUUGACGCGGAGCGUGCUGGGUUCGGCUUUGAUCUCACCGCGUGAGCUCUCUCUCUCUCUCUCUCUCUCUCUCUCUCUCUCUCUCUCUCUCUUUUGUCUCAGACGCAGCAUCAUCGCAGUGUGAUGGCGGCGUGAUUUGCGUCCGCCUCGAGCCCAACCCGCUCCCUCUCUUCUUUAUUGAGAGAAAGAAAGAAAGAAAGACAGAGAGAGAGAGAGAGAGAGAGAGAGAGAGAAGAAGCAGCUCGUGACGCUGAGAUUUACCGGAGAAGCGAGCGGAGGAAAAUAUAAACAACAGACAGAAGAAUAGAUCUCAUCCCAUCCCAUUACAUCACCGAGAGAGAACCGAGUCCAUCCGGGUACCGGAAGAGGACGCGGCUCGCGACGUGAUGGAUCUUUGUGCUCCGGUGUGACACGACCCGAUUUUUACCCCCCAAAAAAAUGCCCGGUUAAUAAAGAAUAAUAAAGGGGGCGGGAGCGGAGCUCAUCAGCGUCAUCCCGCGUGACAGUCGGAGAAUGAAGUGAUGUGAUCGGAACGUGCGCGAGACGCCGCCGCCGCCGCCAUGGCCGAGGAGGCGGAUAUAGAGGCGGAUGCAGGGGCUACCGGCUGCACGGACAAGUAUGAGGAGUACGAGUGCAAGAUCUGCUACAACUACUUUGACCUGGACCGGCGCGCGCCCAAGAUCCUCGAGUGCCUGCACACGUUCUGCGAGGAGUGCCUGCACGCGCUGCACCUGCGCGAGGAGCGGCCGUGGCGCGUCACGUGCCCCGUGUGCCGCCACCGCACGCCCGUGCCGGAUUACCGGAUACGCAAUUUGCCCAACAACACCAAGGUCACGGAGGACUUCCCGCUGCGCGUGGAUGUGGACGCCGACCCCGUGCCGCAGGACGCGCUGCCGCCGCACCCGCCGCCGCUGCAUCCGGCGCUCGCGGCCCUGCGGCGCGACGACGCGUCCAGCGCGUCCGGCCCGAGCCGCCACGUGCACGCGACCCCGUCCACCACGGCGUCCACGGCCACCAUGACGCUCUCGCAGGACUCGGUGGUGUCGCGCCGCGAGAGCUGCCACGAGGGCUGCUGCAGGCGGCUCGCGCUCACCGCCGGAUGCGCGUGCGUCGCGUUCUCGUUCGUGGCCAUGCUCGCGCUGCUCUUCGCCGGCCUCGUCUUCGUGCACGGAAACUCCGGGGACCGGCCGCCGUCUCCCGCCGGUCCCGUGUGCCUGUCGGUCGCGAGCGUCCUCGCCAUGGUGGCCGUGGUGGUCACGUGGCUCCUCUGCUGGCUCAAAUACAGACCGGAGCACGAGACGACCGGCCGCGCCUCGGCCACGAGCAACAGCAGCAGCAGGAGAAACGCCUGAGCUGCGUGUGUGCGCGCGUGUACAUUUUCUGAAUUGUCCGUGACCCCAGUGACCUCCUCUGCUCCACCCGCUGUGCCUGAACGGAGGCUCCGGGCCGGACCACUCGGGGGGUCCUCUGGGCGGUCCGUUUUCCUGCCAGUCGUUCCUGAAAGGCCUGUCGUUCC